UGUGAAGGUUCCUAUUAUGAUAGUCGUGGAGUGUGGGAUUCGUUUCCCAUUGGAUCCUUUUCUUCUGGACUUCUUUUCCAUAACUCAACUUCACCCAUCCCACUUGGUUUAAAUUCAUACCAAAUUUUGGGGGCUGUUUAGUCCAUCUGUGCUACCAGCGGUAGCAACAAAUAUUUCUUGAGUGGCAAAAACAAUAACACCUUAAUCCAUUGUAUCCUUGGUGGCUAUAAAGAUGUCGAGUACAUGCUUGUUUCUGGAGACUGGGGGUUUCUCUCCUUUGGAUCAAGGGCUGGUCAUGCGUGAAAGCGUCCAAAUAAGAUUUGCUUUCUCGACGGGCAAAUGAGUGAGGCCGUCAAGUUCGUUCUUGGUAAUUCUCUUGCUAAGACUUCUCUUGGUGGAGUGUUUUGGAGGUCCGCUUGAAUGUUACUUGGACGUACUCCUUCUUAUCGUAAUUUCAAGGUGCUUCCUCUUGGCACGAAUCUUAUAGAGGCGAGGAGGUUCUUUGAAGAUUUUUACUAUUCAUUACUAGGGAAAACUAUCGUGGCUUUCCCCGUGUCUCAUACCUCCGGAGAACUUUUUAAUGAAUCUUUUGGCUCUGAAGAAGUGGAAAACUCCGAUGGAGAGGAAGCUUCUUAUUCUUCAUCUCGUGAGGAUCUGCCUUUUGAUAGAGCAACCGUGGUGCAUCCCCUCGAGGGAGUGACUUUAGUUGGAGAUUCCAUAUGUGAACCUAAUAGGGGUGGUUUACUCCAUACUCCUACUGGUGUAGCACCCAUAUGCAAGAAUUCAGUACUUGAGCUACGAAGUGGACGCGACCCCAAUCCAAGGCGUGCUAUCUUUGGUUCAUUUCUACGCUUGGAUAAAUCAUUGGUAUUAGCGUCUAGUCAUGCACCUGGUGUUUUCCAAGCUCCGAGCAGCUCAUUCAUUCAUCCCACCAUAUUGUCUUCGUUCACCAACAGGUUUUCGCCGCAUCCUUUUGCUUUCACUUCCAGUAAUGAUUUUGCUGUUAAAAAUACUUUAUGCUCAGGGACUUCACCUUCCUCAAGUGUGACAUCUAUCAUUCCUUUCAUCCCGAAGGAUUCAAGGCUAACUGCUUCUCAACUACACUCAUCUCUUACCACUAACAAGCUAAGGAAGCUCCAAGAAACUCCCAUUGAAGAUGGACUUGGAUCCUCGCUUGAUAUGAUUUAUGGGAUACGUCUUCUUCUUCUGCUUCUUCAUUCUUUAUCACUUUUUUCUUGCUUAUCUUGAUCUUUUUUUUUGUUUUGCAGGGUGCUAAGAGGUGUGCCUACUACUUGGAACUUCUUCAAGAUUAGAAUAAGUCCCUGAAGCGUAAACUUUAUGAAUCAGAUUCUCUCAUUGCUUUUUUGAGGAAGAACAAGGAUGAUCUGGCUAAAAACGAUAAGGAGUUAUCCAAGGCUCAGAGUGAGCCUUCUAAGGCUCAGGAAGAACUUUACCAAGCUGAAGAAGCAAAGAUCCGAGUAGUCAAGGCACGUGAAGAAGAGUGUCGUGAUUUCUAUUCCGAGAUGCUUGACAUAGAGUCUAAUUAUUCUUUUAGACUUGGUUGAGGCAAUGCCUUAUUGGCUUUUGGUGUUGAUAAGUCUUCCGAGGCUAGGUCAAUAGCGCUAUCCCUUGGCCUUUGCUUAACCUUACCCGUCCAAAUUUGCGGGAGCAUUUCGGAGGUAGUCAUGUUGAGAAUGUUCCUCAUCCUUCAAUUAGAGAUGAAGGCAACCGACACUAUGUCGGUUCAGGUCCAUCAUAUCAAUCUAUUCCUUAGGAUCAUGCUGAAGAUAUCAGUAGUAGUUUAUUUCUUUUGAAGUGUCAUAAUUUCUUUAGUUAUUCUUUUGAGAUUUCCCAUGGAAUAAUGUUUUGCC